AUGUCACAACUUCUUUUGGAUUUACUUAAGGAAAAACAAAUAGAGAAUAACAAAAUGCUAAGUACAUUUUAUAAAAUCUCGUUUAUGACUGGAGUUAAUAUCAAGUAUAAAACUGAAUUUAAAGAUCCAAUUAAACUGAUAAAUUUAUUUCUCAUAUCUGUUUCUUUGAUUGGCCUGUGUGCUCAAUACUGUUUGGUGUGGAAUAAACGUAACGAGCCAUUUGUGGAAUCGGCUGAUGCUAUCUGUACCGCUAAUCAAGCAUGGAUUUCAAUUUUCAAACUGAUCUAUUUGGUAUUUGUACAACACAAAUUCUAUGAGUUGCUACAUACAGCCAUAAAUGGGUCAAUUCUCUAUGAUUUGGGCAUAUUUGAUUUGGCCAUUGAUUGCAAACAAUAUUUGUUAAAAGAAAUCAAGAAAAUUCUUGACAGUUCAUGGCUGCACAUCAAGUAUCAGGUGAACUUCUUUACGUUCUCGUGCACCAUGGCUUGUGGUUUUUACAUGUUCUCAUGCAUAGCUGCCAAUUAUUAUUACACCCACGUACAACCGCAAAAUUUUACACUGCAGCUGCCAAUGCCGGCGCUAUUUCCAAUGUGGCAUGAUUACGGGAUGACCUGGCCAUAUUAUCCGAUUCAGUAUUUUAUUGCAGGAAUUGAAAAUUAUAUUUGCGGAAUGUGUGCGGUAUGUUUUGAUGGCAUAUUCAUUGUAAUCGUGGUCCAUUGUGCGGCUUUAUUCGAAAUAUUGCACAUGCUAUUGGAACAUGCAACAGAUGAACAAAUUCCCUCCAACCAAAGAGUUGAAUACAUUUUAUGCUGUGCAAGAUUACAUGUACGAAUUUACAAUUAUUAUGCAAAGAUCAAUGGCAUGUAUAAAAAUCCCAGUUUGGCUCAAUGUCUCCUGAGUAUGCUGGUCUUGUGUGUGGUCAUGUUUAUGGCCAACAUUGGCUUGGAGGAGGACAUUACAUUGUUUAUAAAAAUGUUAUGUUUUCUGUGUGCUGCAGGUCUUCAAAUAGCCAUCUAUUGCUAUAAUGGACAAAAAAUUAUAACUCAGAGCGAAAAUACUCCAAGUGCUUGGUACAACUGUUGCUGGAACAAUGAAUCGAAACAAUUUAAAUAUAUUAUUGAUAUGAUGAUCAUGCGUACCAAUCGGACUCUAUAUUUACAAGUUUCAGGAUUUACAACGAUGUCUCAUAUGACACUUUUAUCGGUGGGUUUUAAAAUUUGA